GGGCAAGGAUGUUUCAAGCACGGAGUAAAGGAUAGUCUGAGGGAGUGAGUCCCUGUAGGGCGGGCGCCCCUCCCGGCUACGUACACGCCCUGCCAUAGGCGAGAGCUGCAGGGCUUUGAGGUUUUCCUGGCUCCUUCCCACCGGAAUCCAGUGCUGGUUUAUUCCGAAGCACCAGUCCCUGCUGUGUCUACAGUUUCUAAAGCUUUUGGAAUGCUGGGCCGGGUGCUGUUCCAAGGAGGAACCUUUUAGUGGCUUUGGCUCCCAGCUUAGCCCCUUGGUUUGGGACGCGGGAAUCUGUCAAGCGUGCCCGGCCGACGAGGCUGGCGCUCCGGGGAACCCGGGUGGCGCAUGCGUGCAAGAAGGGCGGCACAGCCGCUCUAGCCUCGCCGUAGCUCGGUGGCCGGUCGAUUUCUUCCGCUUGCCGCGCGGCCUACCACUCUAGGACGGUAGUCUCACUGGUCUCUGCUCUAUAUCCGUGGUAGCUCUGGAAAUGGCUGCGGGAUCCCGGCGGCCGGGGAGCUUGGUUAAGAGGCAGUCCCCACUGUCCCUUUGGUUGUUCGAAGCUCCGGAAUCUUCUCAUUGAUGAACUGUGACUGACAACAGUGGGGUGAGGCUUGGCAGUCUGCUUGACCUGGCCCCAGGUCUAUAAUUUUAUGUAGGAUUUUCAGCCAAAGGUUUCCAAGCUUUCAGUUUUGGGACAGGUAUGGAUGAUAAAGGGCACCUGAGCAAUGAGGAAGCACCCAAGGCUAUCAAACCCACCAGUAAGGAGUUCAGGAAAACCUGGGGUUUUCGAAGAACCACGAUUGCCAAACGUGAGGGUGCAGGAGACACGGAGGUGGACCCCAGUGAGCAGCAACCACAGCAGCAUAACCUCUCCCUGCGCCGCAGUGGACGGCAACCAAAGCGUACUGAGAGGGUAGAAGAGUUUCUUACCACGGUUCGGCGCCGAGGGAAAAAGAAUGUGCCAGUGUCCUUGGAGGAUUCCAGUGAGCCCACAUCCUCCACAGUCACUGAUGUGGAGACAGCUUCUGAGGGGAGCGUUGAAAGCAGUUCUGAGAUCAGAAGUGGCCCUGUAUCUGACUCCUUAGGGAAAGAACAUCCUGCCUCUUCUGAAAAGGCAAAAGGAGGUGAUGAGGAUGAAGACACCUCUGACAGUGACAGUGAUGGCCUUACGUUGAAGGAACUUCAGAACCGCCUUCGGAGAAAGCGAGAGCAAGAACCUGUGGAGAGGUCCCUGAGAGGCGGUCAGAAUCGCCUGAGGAAGAAGCGCAGAGAGGAAGAUUCUGCCGAAACUGGGAGUGUCCAAAUAGGCAGUGCCGAGCAGGACAUACCUCUCUGUAAGCAGGAGCCUGAGGCUAGUCAGGGACCAGUGUCCCAGCCAGAGACAGAUGACCUAGAAAAUCAGUUGGAAGGGAAGGCUACUCAGGGAAAUACAGAGGAAAACCCCAGGGAAGCGGGCAAACCAAAGCCUGAGUGUGAGGUUUACGACCCCAAUGCCCUGUACUGCAUCUGCCGCCAGCCUCACAACAACAGGUUUAUGAUCUGCUGUGAUCGGUGUGAAGAGUGGUUCCAUGGUGACUGUGUGGGUAUUUCUGAGGCCCGAGGGCGGCUCCUGGAAAGGAAUGGGGAAGACUACAUCUGCCCAAAUUGCACCAUUUUGCAAGUGCAGGAUGAGACAAGNGGUAGCGCCGCCGAUGAGCAGGACUCUGGGUGCAGACCUGUGGGUGCUGAUGGCACAGACUGCACAAGCAUAGGGACAGUAGAGCAGAAGUCCGGAGAAGACCAGGGCAUAAAGGGUAGGAUUGAGAAGGCGGCAAACCCCAGCGGCAAGAAAAAACUCAAGAUAUUCCAGCCUGUCGUAGAGGCUCCUGGUGCUCCUAAAUGCAUUGGCCCUGGGUGUUCCAGUGUAGCACAGCCUGACUCCGUGUAUUGCAGUAAUGACUGCAUUCUCAAACACGCAGCAGCUACCAUGAGAUUUCUAAGUUCAGGUAAAGAACAAAAAACAAAACCCAAGGAAAAGGUCAAGACGAAGCCAGAAAAGUUCAGUCUUCCAAAAUGCAGUGUUCAGGUGGGGAUUAAAAUCUCUUCUGUGCACAAGAGACUAGCGUCAGAGAAAAGGGAAAACCCAGUGAAGAAAGUGAUGCUGGCUUCCAGGAGUGAGACUCCCGGGAAGGAGGCAGCCUGUGAGAGCAGCACACCAUCCUGGGCAAGUGACCACAACUACAACGCCGUGAAGCCAGAGAAGCCAGAGAAGCCCACUGCACUCUCGCCCACCCUAUUGAGUAAAUCCAUGAAGGAUGACAGGAGGGUGGAGGACAGGACAAUGGCAGCAGUUACCAUCCCGAAGAAAGCACUUCCUUCAGCCUCUUUGGUGGGCAGACAGACUUCACCUAGAAAUCUUGUUCCAAAGAAGCUUCCUCCUUACCCUAAUAUGGCAGGAGCCAAACCAGCCAUUAAGAAGCUGCCUUCAGGCUUCAAGGGUACCAUCCCCAAGAGGCCAUGGCCCUCAGCCACCCUGUCAGGCACUUCUGCCAGGCAGGCAGGACCAACACCUAUGACAGCUGCUUCCAAAAAGUUGCCUGGCUCUGCUGCUGUGGUGGGAGUUACCAGGAAGCCAAUGUCUGCCAAUGUUCCUGCUGCUUCUCCAGCCCCAGGACGCCUUGGUCCUGUGAGCCCAGCUCCAUCACAGCCCAAUUCACAAAUACGACAAAAUAUAAGGCGCUCCUUGAAAGAGAUUUUGUGGAAAAGAGUCAAUGACAGCGAUGACUUAAUAAUGACAGAAAAUGAAGUAGGAAAAAUUGCCCUCCACAUUGAGAAGGAGAUGUUUAACUUGUUCCAGGUUACUGAUAAUCGCUAUAAGAGCAAAUAUCGCAGCAUCAUGUUCAACCUUAAGGAUCCUAAGAAUCAGGUCUGUGUACCCCUGACUAGAUGUUGGGAAUUCUUUUCCCAGAUAGACCCUCACCUUCAUUUCACAGUGAUCCACUUGACGUCAUCCAACCCUAGUAGUUCUCCAUCAUAUCUCUCCUGCUUUCUGCUGCUGGAGCUUGAACAACAAGAGUCAGUGCGAGCCGCCCCUGAGAAGAGCGCAGCGCCUCUCCUGGACGUCUUCAGCAGCAUGCUGAAGGACACCACAAGCCAGCACCGCGCCCAUCUGUUUGAUUUAAACUGUAAAAUCUGUACAGGUCAGGUUCCAUCCUCGGAGGAUGAACCAGCUCCUAAGAAGCAAAAGCUUUCAGCUUCUUCUAAGAAAGAAGACUUUAAGCCCAGGCAUGACAGCUCUCCACCUGAUACAGUUCCUAACACUGCUGAUGAAGGGAUUGCAGAGACGCUGCCUGAAAAUGCCUCUGAGCCAGACCCAGAGAGUACGUCUAGUCUGAACCAGGAGAGAAAGUNUUUCCCUGAGUCUCCAGGCGAUAGCCAUCCUGAGCCCUCUUCUCUGGGUGGCCUUUCUCCCUCUUCUGCCUCUGGUGGGAGUGGGGUGGUCACCACAGUCACAGUGUCUGGUCGAGAUCCCAGAACUGCCCUGAGUGGGUCAUGCACAGUCACAGCCUCCAUGGCAGCCCAUCUGGACAACUCCCAGGCUUCAGAAACCAAACUGGACAUGAUAAAGCCUGCAUUGACUUCUGCAGUGGUGCCCAAGUCCAUACUGGCUAAGCCAUCCUCCUCUCCUGACCCAAGAUACCUGUCAGUACCACCAUCACCAAGGUAUGUUUUUAAAAGGAUGGGGUCUGAGCAAACCUCCAACUCUACCUUUAGACUGACCAGGGAAGCUGGUGACUAUGACAGUCAGGUCAGAAUUACUAGACAGUGUGCAUCUGAAGGAGAAUUGAGCAUGCUUCCUUGUGUUCUGUUUCCCUUACAGGAGCUCUGUCUGAUCCGCUUCCACCCUGCCACCGAGGAGGAGGAGGUUGCAUACAUCUCUCUCUACUCCUAUUUUAGCAGCCGUGGUCGCUUUGGGGUUGUAGCUAAUAACAACAGGCAUGUCAAGGACCUGUACCUGAUUCCACUGAGUGCUAAGGACCCUGUGCCAUCCAAACUCUUGCCCUUUGAGGGCCCAGGUCUUGAAUCACCACGUCCAAAUAUAAUACUUGGGUUAGUAAUAUGUCAGAAAGUGAAACGUCCUUCAAGUGCUGGUGAGUUAGACAAGACAGAUGAGAAGCGGACUCGACUCCAACAGGAAGAACUAGAAACUUCAGUCUAUCCCAAAGUAACUGCAGCUUUGCCAUCCGAGAAGAAGCCUCCCAAGUACAGUGUGCACUCUAUAGACACNGCUGCCAGCAGCACCACACCCCCUGGCUCUCCUCCACCCCCUCCUCCUCUUCCUGAACCCCCAGUAUUGAAAAUACUGUCAUCCCUCAAGCCAGGGUCCACCAGCACUGUCACAGCGCCCACCACAUCAGCAGCAAUCACUACCACAGCUUCUCCUGUUACUGCUGCCACUUCAAAAACCGCCUCGCCCCUGGAACACAUCCUGCAGACUCUCUUUGGGAAAAAGAAAUCAUUUGAGCCAUCUGGAAAAGAAUCUGUUGGGUCUACUCUAUCUCCACAUCAGGAUUCCAAGGCCAAGGGGGAGGACACCAUGUCGGCAGCUCCUUUGUUGGAUCCAAUUGUUCAACAGUUUGGUCAAUUCUCAAAAGACAAGGCUCUGGAGGAGGAGGAGGAAGAUGACAGGCCCUACGACCCUGAGGAAGAGUACAACCCUGAGCGGGCGUUUCAUACGCUGCUCCUCGCUGAGCCAGGGAGGCCUCCUGAUGUGCAGAGUGUGUCUGAGGCAGCAGAGAGGGAGGAGGUGGCCUAUGACCCAGAAGAUGAGACCAUCUUAGAAGAAGCCAAAGUGACCAUUGAUGACUUGCCCAAUCGCAUGUGUAUGAAAGUUAGCGCCACAGAAAGGCCUGCCGACUUCACCACCGAUGCCUCCAGUGCCUCGCUGGUAGAGCAGCAGAAAAUGUUAGAAGAGCUAAAUAAACAGAUUGAGGAGCAAAAGAGGCAGCUGGAGGAGCAAGAAGAAGCUCUCCGACAGCAGAGGGCUGCUGUGGGUGUGUCCAUGGCACACUUCUCUGUGUCAGAUGCAUUGAUGUCACCACCUCCCAAGUCGUCUUUGGGCAAGACAGAGCUGUUCUCUCAAGAACAGCAAGCCCCAGACCCAAGUCAGGGAGCCCUGAACACCAACCACAACUUAGACUCAAGACAAAGCAGGGACCCAAGGCAGGCCAGGCGGCUCGCUGCAGAAAACACAGAGAAUGAGUCCCUCCCUAGGGCCCCCACAGGAAGCACACCUGGCCCACAAGGCCCCCUACCUGCCAGGGAGACUCCUGCUGGGACUGCAGUAGUCCAGGGGCCUGGGCUGGCUGCAGAAGCCAAGGAGUCAAUGGCUGUUCCCUGGGCUCCAGGUGAAAACGCUGUGUUGAGACCUGAACAUGACAUCCAAAAAUGUGAGCACCCUGGUAACCCUGUCUCAUUACCCCUGGACACCAGCCACCUUCCUACAGCUGGGGAUGGCUCAGCCAGGCCAGCACCACCCCGCAGAGUGCUGCUGCCCACACCCCCUAGCACCACCUUUCCACCCAGCUUCCCUUUGCAACCUAAGGCCCAAAAUUUUAGUUCUGGAAGCAGGGAGCCUUUCUCAGGGCCCACAUUUAUGUCUCAGGAAACAUCUCUUGGCUCAUCCCAAUAUGAGGACCCCAGGGGUGCUCAGUCUGCUGGGAAGAGUGACAGCCCAGUAGCUGAUNUGGAGGACAGCAGAGAGCCACAGCCUAGGCCUGGUGAGAGUACUACUUCAUUCCCCCAACCUGGGCAGAGGGGAGGGGGCCCUCAGCCUCAGUUUCCUGGCCAGCGUGAACCUGCACCACGCACUUUUGGGAUGUCGGGUCAUCAUGGUCCCAGUUUUCCAGGACCUAGGGGGCAAGUCCCACCUUAUUCAGAAGAGAACCUUGUUCCUAAUAGUGAUGGACCAAGAGGCCCUCCACCUGCCAGAUUUGGGGCACAGAAGCCACCAAUCCCUUCCUUAUUCUCUGGGCAACAUGGGCCACCUCCCUAUGGGGACAACAGGGGACUCUCACCUUCUUAUCUUGGUGGGCCCCGAGGAGGAGCACCAACCCAAUUUGAAGACCGCAAGGAUCCUCAUGGGGAGAAAAGGGAAUUCCAGGACACUCCGUACAACGAGAUGACAGGUGCCCCUGCUCAGUGUGAAGGGCCAGAUCAGGCCCAGUUCAUGGGGAACAGGGCACCCUUUCAGUUUGGAGGCCAGAGACGGCCACUGCUAACUCAAAUGAAAGGGCCCCGUGGAGGACCUCCACCCUCUCAGUUUGGAGGCCAAAGGGGACCACCUCCUGGUCAUUUCGUGGGCCCACGUGGGCCCCAUCCUAGUCAGUUUGAAAAUUCCCGGGGCACUCACCCUGGCCAGUUUGAAGGGGCCAGGGGCCAAGCACCUGGUUUCAUGCCAGGCCCCCGGGGCAUUCAGCCCCAGCAGUUCGAAGAGCAGAGAGUGAACUCNCCACCAAGGUUUGCCGGCCAGAGGGCAUCNGCACCCCUGCCGUAUGGAGGACCAAGGGGCCCUGCACCCUUUCCUGAAAAAAAUGAGCAGCCACCUUCUCGAUUUCACUUUCAAGGCCCAUCUUCACAGCCCGUGAAGCCUCCCCCUCGGCCCCUGUUGGAGCUACCAAGCCAUCCUCCUCAGCAUAGAAAGGACCGAUGGGAUGAGGCAGGCCCAGCCACUGCUCUGCCUUCCAGUGCUGGGCCUGGACAGGGCCAUGAGGCCGAUGGGCAGUGGGCCACAUCAGAGUUCCGAGAAGGCAAAGGCCAUGAAUACAGGAGCCCAGCUUUUGAAGGGAGACAGAGGGAGCGAUUUGAAGCAGGACCUAAAGAAAAGCCUCUGGACGAGCCUGAAGCCCAAGGGUUGGAAAGCCGGCAGGGCCGGGCAUUUGAGGAUAGGAGGCGAGAGCGAGAGAGAGGCAGAAACUGGAGUCGAGAAAGAGACUGGGAGAGGAGCCGGGACUGGGACCGGCAUCGGGAGUGGGAUAAAGGCAGGGAUAGGAGCUCCAACAGGGACAGGGAACGAGACAACGACAGGGCUAAGGAAUGGGACCGGAGCCGCGAGAGAAGCCGGAAUCGUGACCGGGACCGAGAAAGGCGGCGAGACCGAGACAGGUCCCGCAGCAGAGACCGAGACAGGGACCGUGAGAGAGCACGAGACAGGGACCGGGACCGAGGCCGGGACCGGAAGGACCGCAGCAAGAGCAGAGAGAGCCCUCGGGACCUGAAGCCUGAGGCCAGGACCUCUGAGGGGGGCCCUGCUGCAGCCCAGGCCUAGAGGCCAUUGCACUCAGGGCUGGGGACAUGAGAUGCUGGUGUGGACAAAGACCUGUGUCAGUUAUUGUAUAUAUAGGCUCAGCCUGGCAAAGACCCCUUUAAAAGCCAAGUGCAUAAAAUGUGUUGAGCAAAGAGUUUUUGAAAUAGCNAUGAACUUAUAUACAGGAUAUAAUAUUCUGGACUUCAGGAAUUACUGUAAUUUUGUGUAUAAUGGUUUGUUACAAAUUUUCCCAACUUUACAAUUCUGAUUUUUAAAAAUAUUUCCAUUUAAAAUUAGAGAAAUGGGAAAAUGUCUACAAAAGCAUAUUGCUUUUUUUCAGAUUAUAAAGUUUUUUCCAAUAACUUGACUGGUGUAAGUUUUAAGGGGAUUUCAGUGGACCUUAGAGCUAGCUUUCCCUGUGUAGCCAUCUCUGCUUCCGUCUAUCCAGGGGCUCUUUCUCAGUGCUGUCCUAGUCGGAAAGCACUAUUGUCGAGGUGAGCUGGGGGCUGUGCACAAAUGCAGCGGUGGAAGAACUGCCUUCUGAGGCCCGCCCAGCUCCCAGCAAUGCAGCACCUUACAAGUUUUUUCAGAACAUAAUUAGAAAUAGCCUGUCCUAGUAGAAAUUGUUACAUUUUAAAAUAACAAUUUAUUUUUAAAUGUUCAAAUUUAUCAGCCUAGAGAAAGAAAAAUUCAAAGCAUUUAAGAGGGAAGAGACAGGAGUCAAGCAUUGCCCAUUGCUGCCCUCUGAGUGGCUCUGCAGACUGACAGACUCCAGAUAGGUAAUGGGUUUGGAAGCUUCUCAGUGGGAUGGGGCAAAAUCUCGAAACGAAGAGGAUGGUGGUGAAGCAGCCUGCUUCGUGGAAGGAUAUCUGCUGUGUCGCCCCGGUUGCCUCUAAAGAUGCUGUGAGAAGGCCGGCUAACGUAUCUGACUGUGCAAAUAUGUUUGAUAGUUCCUUUUAUAUUUUCAUAAACUUACUUUUUCAGAUAGAGAAUUAGCUUCGUUUGUUCUUCGGAGUCUUAUUUCACUGUACAUCACUACAGAUUUUUUCACUUUUUAGCACAGAUGUUUAAGUUGAAAAGACAUGGGAAAAUAGCAAUUUGGGAUAUUUGCUAUUGUAAACCAAAUAGUAGGCUAAAUUACAUGAAAGUGUCAGUUUCAACAUCUAAUAUGUGAAGGUUUUUUGUUUUUUUUUUUUAAAAAGUGUAAAGUAAAAUUUUCUAACUUAAAUGCACAAGCAUAAAAAUCAAGUGUGUUUCUUUAGGUUUACUUUGUAGAAAUUUCUGUACAUUGUAUUUUGUAUUGCAGAGUGUUAUAUCACUGUCCAUUGAAACACAGGACUCCAUAGGUUUUGUUACUUGAAGUAGAAUAAAUAUCUACAGAGUU